UGACUUUUAAAUCCUCACAUCUCCUCCGCCAUCAUUUGAAAAUCUCUAGUCCUCAAUUUUGUUCAGACUCAUCCAAGACCCCUCUUCUUCUUUUUUUGAUAGGUUGUUCUUGCGAAAUUUGAGCGAAGAUCCGCUUCGAUCGGAGUGAUUGUUUUCGUGUUCGAUGGCGCCCAGUACUAUCCGGAAGGCGAUCGGGGCCGUCAAGGACCAGACGAGCAUCGGCAUAGCCAAGGUCUCGAACAACAUGGCGGUGCAGCUCGAGAUCCUGGUGGUGAAGGCCACCAGCCAUGACGAGGACCCCGCCGACGAGAGGCACGUCAGGGAGAUCCUCGCCUUCACCGCGCACUCCAAAGGGUACCUCGACACGUGUUUCGCCUUGAUCGCGAGGCGGUUGAGCAGAACACGUGAUUGGAUGGUGGCCCUCAAGUGUCUCUUGCUCAUACACCGGGUAGUGGUCGAUGGCCAUCCCGGUUUCGAAGUCGAGAUCGUCUAUGCUUCUCACCGCGGGAUGCGGCUGCUCAACAUGUCGCACUUCAGGGACGAGGCGCACCCGAACUCGGGGGACCAUUCGGGUUUCCUGAGGUUCUAUGCGAUGUAUCUCGAGGAGAAGGUCGAGUUCUCGGUGUUUGAGAAGAGACAGGAGGGUGGUGGGGUUGGUGCUGUGGGUAAAUAUGAAGAGAGACAAGAACUUGAAUUUGGCAGGACGUCAAGCCCUGCAAAGAGAGAGAUCGUGCCGAUCAAAGAAAUGGGCCCCGAGAGAGUUUUGUUCAGGUUGAACCUCCAAUUGAGAAUUCUUGACCGGGUUUUGGCUUGCAGGCCGGCCGGAGCGGCCAGGAAUAGUCGACUGGUGCUCCUCGCACUCUACCAGGUGUUGAAGGAGAGCUUCGCGCUUUAUGGCGAGAUUAGCGAGGGCUUGGAGGUGUUGCAAGAUCGAUUUGCCCUGAUGCAAUAUGGAGACUGCCUCAAGGCUUUCGACACGUGCGUCGGUGCGGCAAAAUUGAUCGACGAGCUCAUGAGGCACUACAAUUGGUGCAGGGACGCGGGGAUCGCCCGGAUGUCCGAGUUUCCUGAAGUGCAGAGAGUUACUGAUGAAGUCCUGGGAACUCUUGAAGAGCUGCUGAAGGAGAUGAACCAAAAUAGGCCGAACAAGAAUAGCCCCCAGAGAAUUGGGGAAGCGAAGCCACCAGUGGAGGAGCGGUCUGAACCGAACAUGAACGAGAUGAGAGCGCUUCCUGCUCCAGAGAACCAUAUCCCCCCGGCGCCUCUGGUCGAACCCCGACCCGACCCGCAGCCUCAGCACGCCACAGGAGAACUGAUUGAUUUAAGCGAUGAUAGCGUUUCAGCUGACGAGCAGGGCAACAAGUUGGCUGUGGCCUUGUUCUCGAGCGCACCAAAUGCAUCAACUGACAGGUCGUGGGGAGCAUUCCCAUCGAACGGACAGCCCGAGGCAAAUUCGGCAUGGGACACGGCAUGGGACACGCCGGCAGCCGAUGACACUAAAGCCGAUUGGGAGCUACUCCUAGUCGAAACGGCUAGCAACCUAGCAAAGCAAAAGGCCGACAUGGCGGGGGGAUUCGACCCCUUGCUCCUGAGCGGCAUGUACGACCAAGGGGCCGUGAGGCAGCACGUGAGCGCUGACCAAUCGAGGAGAGGCAGCGCAAGCAGCGUGGCCUCGCAGGUAGUCCCGGGCAAGGCCGAGAACCAGAUCCUGGCAUUGCCGGCCCCCGACGGGACGGUCCAACCAGUCGGCCCUCAGGACCCUUUCUCGGCCUCCCUAGCGCAGCCGCCACCUCCGUACGUGCAGAUGGCGGACGUCGGGAGGAAGCAAGAGUUGCUUGUGCAGGAGCAGCAGAUGUGGGGAAACCACGGGAUGAUGCAAGGGCAUCAGAUGAGUUCUGGCUACUAUGGUCCGGUUCCUGGGAACAUGGCGAUGCCUUACGGGAUGCCACAAGGAGGAUUCUAUCACACAACCUAGUUUGUGUUUUGUCACUUUUCGGACAUUUUUUUGUUUCUUUAUUUAUCUCUAUAAUUGGGAAGUUUUUCUUGUGAAAUUGCGUCAGAAGGGUUGGAGCGUAAUGUACACAGCAUUUGGGGUAAAUCUGGUUUUUCAUGUUGUAACAUAUAUAUGAAGGGGUUGGUCAUCUAUUUAGAUUUAAAAAUGAUAUUUGUGCAAA